UUAUUUUUGUUCUAGACCCUGGAGUCCAGUCCUUAGCCCUGGUCCUGACUACCUCUUUGCUGGAUUCAACUUUACUGGAUUUUUCUCUCUAUCAUUCAUUCACUUCAGGACAUUUAAAUUUGUCAUUUUUCAUUUGGCUGCUGACUGGGCACACCUCAGUCAGAACAGUGUAGUGGAAUCUGAUUUAGGCACCCAUCAUGGCUUUACCUUUCUACCAAAAACACCACCAACAUUAUGACCGCUCAUAUCGUCACAAAGAGCUGCAAUCCGCUUUAAGCCAGUACCAAAAGGAGGAGAAGCGUAAAUCUGCAGCCUAUGCUCAUGGGUCUGCAGCAUAUCGUCACCGUUCUGCAGCAGACUACAGCCAUGCCACUGUAGCAGAUUACAGCCAUGGAUCUGCAGCCUAUGCUCAUGGAUCUGAAGCCUACAGUUAUGGAUCUCUCGCCUAUGAUCAUGAAUCUGCAGCUCAGAGUAAGAGGUCAGCUGCCUACAGCCUUGGAUCUGAAGCCCUCAGCAGGAGGUCAGCUGCCUACAGCCUUGGAUCUGAAGCCCUCAGUAAGACUUCAGCUGCCUACAGCCUUGGAUCUGAAGCCCUCAGUAAGAGAUCGGCUGCCUACAGCCUUGGAUCUGAAGCCUACAGUCUUGGACUAAAAGAUUCUAAUAUAAUGACAGAAGAUCAAUCCUAUAAAUUGAGUCCCAAAGCAAAGAGGGCCAAGCAGAGUUCACUCUUAGAAGACAAAGAAAAUAAAGGCAUUGACUACGUAGUACCUGUGUUCACAGGGCGUGAUGUGUAUGCCAGUGGAAUUACAGAUACAGAAGAGGAAAGGAUCAAGGAAAGUGCUGCAUACAUUGCCAGAAGGAACCUUUUUGCUACAGGUGAAGGAGUUAGUGUGAGCAGCAGAGUGGCUGCUUCAUCUGCAGAAGAGCAGCAUGAGAAGAAAUCAAGGAAAGUAGCAAUACGAGAGUCAGCUGAACGUUUGGCCCUAAGGAAAACGAUAGAAGAGACUCAGGAAUUUCACCGAAAGUUGAAUGAAGAUAAACUUUUACAUGCUCCUGAGUUUGUUAUCAAGCCUCGGUCCCACACUGUCUGGGAAAAACAGAACGUUAAAUUACAUUGCACUGUGACUGGCUGGCCAGAACCCCGUGUUACAUGGUACAAAAACAAUGUGCCCAUCAACGUACAUACUAACCCGGGCAAGUAUGUCAUUGAAAGUCGAUAUGGGCUACACUCACUGGAGAUUAGCACAUGUGAAUUUGAAGACACUGCUCAGUAUCGUGCUUCUGCUAUGAAUGUUAAAGGAGAACUUUCAGCUUAUGCAUCCAUCGUGGUAAAGAGAUAUAAGGGAGAAAUUGAUGACACCUUUUUUCAUGCUGGAAUUGUCACUAUGCCUCUCAGCUUUGGUGUUACCCCACAUGGCUAUGCCUCAAGGUUUGAAAUCCAUUUUGUUGACAAAUUUGAGGUAACCUUUGGGAGAGAAGGAGAGACAAUGAGUCUGGGUUGCACAGUAAUCAUUCAUCCUGAGAUUAAACGCUUCCAGCCAGAGAUCCAGUGGUACAGGAAUGGAGUUCUUAUUACACCCUCCAAAUGGGUUAAUAUGCAUUGGAGUGGGGAACGAGCUACGCUAACCCUUACACAUGCAAACAAGGAAGAUGAAGGUCUUUAUACUCUACGUGUCGUGAUGGGAGACUACUAUGAACAGUACAGCAGUUAUGUCUUUGUUCGAGAUACAGAUGCUGAAAUUGCAGGAGCUCCUGGUUCACCCCUGGAUGUUCAAUGCUUAGAUGCUAACAAAGAUUAUGUCAUCAUCUCCUGGAAACAGCCAGCUGUUGAUGGAGGAAGCCACAUCCUUGGAUAUUUCAUUGAUAAAUGUGAGGUUGGUACCACCAACUGGACCCAAUGCAAUGACACUCCAGUGAAGUUUGCUCGUUUCCCCGUCACGGGUUUGAUAGAAGGUCGCUCGUACAUAUUCCGAGUCCGAGCUGUGAAUAAUGCUGGAAUAAGCAUACCAUCCCGAGUUUCUGAUCCAGUGGCAGCUCUGGAUCCUGCUGACAGAGCCAGGCUUAGAAGUCAUCCUUCUGCCCCCUGGACUGGACAGAUUAUUGUUACUGAGGAAGAACCAACAGAGGGUGUUGUUCCUGGGCCACCUUCAAACCUUCAAGUUAUUGAAGCUACUAAAAACUAUGUGGUGCUCAGCUGGAAACCUCCUGGAGAGCGAGGCCAUGAGGGUGUCAUGUAUUUUGUGGAGAAGUGUAUUGCAGGCACCGAGAACUGGCAGAGAGUGAACACUGAGAUCCCUGUAAAAUCUCCUCGUUUUGCUGUUUUUGAUUUGGCUGAAGGGAAAUCUUACCAUUUCCGUGUUCGCUGUUGUAAUUCAGCUGGCAUUGGUGAGCCCUGUGAAGCAACAGAAUCAACUGUGGUGGGUGACAAACUUGAUAUUCCAAAAGCUCCUGGCCGUAUUAUACCAACCAGGAAUACAGACACGUCAGUGGUUGUCACUUGGACAGAACCCCAAGAUGCAAAGGAGUUGGUUGGGUAUUACAUAGAAGCAAGCAUAGUUGGAUCUGGUCAUUGGGAACCAUGCAACAACAAUCCAGUGAAAGGCACAAGAUUUAUUUGCCAUGGACUCCUGACUGAUGAAAACUAUGUUUUCAGAGUCAGAGCUGUUAAUGCAGCUGGACUCAGUGAAUUUUCACAGGAAUCCGAGGCUAUUCAAGUGAAAGCAGCCAUUGGGGGAGGAUUGCUUCAUGGUGUGUGUCCUGAACUGAGUGGUAAAGCUGGUGGACUAACAGACUACACUACAAGUUGGGAAGGCAUGCAUGAGUCCUCCCAGCCUAUAUUUGACACAGAUGCUUUGCUAAAAUGCAAUGCUAAAUUUAACAGACAUACACUGCCCAGUAGCUCUGAUAAGCUGGGACAUACAGGAGUCAGUAAAGUGAGUGAAACAGUAAAGGAUGGUCCUACACCUUCACCACAGAAGGGAGCUUCUAAGCAGGCAAGUAAUUCUCAACCUGGGGACUCCUUGGCAUUGGAAAAAGUGAAAAAGACGACACAUAUAGCUGCCCCUUCACCACCUUAUGACAUCACUGUGUUGGAGAGUGUUCGUGAUUCCAUGGUGCUAGGAUGGAAGCAGCCUAAAGUCAUUGGUGGAGCUGAAAUUACAGGCUACUAUGUGGACUAUCGUGAAGUGAUUGAUGGAAUUCCUGGGAAAUGGAAAGAAGCCAACAUUAAACCUAUCAGUGAGAGGGCAUAUAGGAUUACCAAUUUGAAGGAAAACAUGAUAUACCAGUUCCAAGUGGCUGCUACUAAUGUGGCUGGAGUCGGGACUCCCUCCCCACCUAGCCGUUCCUUCAAGUGUGAAGAAUGGAGCAUUGCUGUUCCAGGACCACCCCAUGAUCUCAUCUGCACUGAAGUUAGGAAAGACUCUUUGGUUUUACUUUGGAAAGAGCCGGUUUAUACUGGUCGUAGCCCUGUAUCUGGUUACUAUGUUGAUGUGAAAGAAACUGAUGCAACAGAUGAACAUUGGAAAAGCGCCAAUGAGAAAACAAUUACAAAAAGAUUCUUGAAGAUCACCGGCUUAAAGGAAGGUGUCAGCUAUGUAUUCCGUGUGCGGGCAACAAACCAGGCAGGCGUUGGGAAACCAUCCGAUCUCACUGACCCAGUCAUAGCUCAAACACGGCCAGGAACUAAAGAAGUGGUGGCGGAAGUAGAUGAUAAUGGAGUCAUUUCCCUCAACUUUGAAUGUGAUCAGAUGUCUCCAGACUCUAAGUUCAUCUGGUCCAAGAAUUAUGAACCAAUUGAAGAUGACUCUCGAUUAGACGUUGACACUAAGGGUGGGAAGUCGAAAGCUGUCUUUAAAGAUCUUGGAGAAGAUGAUUUGGGCAUUUACUCUUGUAUUGUCACGGACACUGAUGGAGUUUCAUCAAGCUACACAAUGGAUGAGGAAGAAAUGAAGCGGCUACUUGCACUCAGCCAUGAACACAAAUUCCCAACUAUCCCACUUACGUCUGAGUUGGCAGUUGAAAUUAUGGAGAAAGGACAAGUGAGAUUCUGGUUGCAGGCUGAAAAGUUGUCUGGCAAUGCAAAGGUCAACUUUGUAUUUAACGACAAAGAAAUUUUUAAUGGAGAGAAAUAUAAAAUGAAUGUAGAUCAGAAGACCGGUCUGGUUGAAAUGAUCAUGGAAAAACUUGAGGCCAAGGAUGAAGGGACCUAUACCUUCCAACUUCAGGAUGGAAAAGCAACCAACCAAUCUAGCCUUGUGCUAAUUGGUGAUGUUUUUAAGAAACUACAGGAUGAAGCAGACUUCCAGAGGCGGGAAUGGUACAGGAAACAAGGUCCCCAUUUUGUUGAGUAUCUGGGAUGGGAAGUUACCAGUGACUGCAAUGUGUUAUUGAAAUGCAAGGUGGCUAACAUUAAGAAGGAAACACACAUCGUUUGGUACAAAGAUGACAGGGAAAUAAUGGUGGAUGAGGAACAUGACUUUAAAGAUGGUGUAUGUACUCUUCUGAUAUCAGAGUUCUCCAAGAAAGAUGCUGGGAUUUAUGAAGUCAUACUGAAGGAUGACAGAGGAAAGGACAGAAGCGAGCUUAAGCUGCUGGAUGCAGCUUUUGCAGAUCUGAUGAAUGAAGUAUGUAGAAUAAUUGCUUUAUCUGCAACAGAACUGAAAAUCCAGAGCACAGAAGAGGGUAUCAGAUUAUACUCCUUCGUUAGUCAUUAUGUAGAAGAUUUGAGGGUGAGCUGGUCACACAAUGAUGCCAAGAUUAAAUAUACAGACAGAGUUAAGACUGGUGUCACUGGGGAGCAGAUCUGGUUACAGAUCAAUGAGCCAACUCCACAUGACAAGGGCAAAUAUACAAUGGAGAUUUUUGAUGGUAAAAAGACACACACAAAGAUGGUGGAUCUUUCUGGACAAGCAUUUGAUGAAGCCUAUGCUGAAUUCCAGAGGUUAAAGCUAGCUGCCAUUGCAGAGAAAAAUCGUGCCCGCGUCCUUGGAGGUUUGCCCGAUGUUGUCACCAUCCAGGAGGGCAAGGCGCUUAAUCUUACUUGUAAUGUCUGGGGAGAUCCCACCCCAGAGAUCACAUGGCUGAAGAACGAGAAAACAUUCACAGCAGAUGACCAUUGCAUCCUGAAAUAUGAAGCUGGAAAAUGUGCCAGUUUCACCAUUACUGCUGUCAGCACAGUUGACUCGGGAAAAUAUGCCCUUCUGGUGAAAAAUAAAUACGGCACAGAGACAAGUGAUUUCACUGUAAGUGUAUUCAUACCUGAAGAAGAAGGUACCAUACCUUACCCUGAGCACAUUACAGGAGCUAAGAAAAAGAAAGUGUGAAUUUAAGAGUAGAAAGCAAAGGAAUAGAGGAGAGAUUAAAUAAUAAACACUGACAUAAUCCAUGUGUGCAAAUUAUUUUAUGCAUAGUAGAGGGUCUUGACCUUUUCACUGACUUCACUGGUGUAUUUACUACUUCUUUUACAUGAAGCAAAGUGGUGCCUUUGCUAAUUAAUCUUCAAACACCAUUCUUUUACUAUUAAGCUCAAAUGGCUUCUUUUUGCAAUUUUUCAAAACAAAAAGAUUAAGGAAGUGUUUCAUGGGAGGUAACCAAUGAAGUGACUGAAAAGAUUAAGAAUGUUCUAGGCUUAAAGGAGAUGGUUUUUUGAGCAGCAAUUUAGAUUUUUUUCAGACUUUGAUAAAGUAGUUUACAUGGAAUAAAUCAUAGAAUAAUAUAGGUAUGAGUAAAAGAGGUCCUGAAUCUCCUUUACAUGCUUUGGAAGUGUCAAGGAACCACUUAAGAGUUUGGUUAUACUUAGUGGAGUAAAGGGGCUAUAAUGUAAAUGAAAAAUCAGGCUGAAGAUGCUAAACCAAUGAAUUUGUUGUAUGUGUUCCUAUAACGUUAACGUGUGAUCAUGUCAGCAAAAGUGUAUGAACCCUCCUCAAUGUUUAUGAAUAAAUGUAUCACAGUUCUUUCAUCUCUACCUCCA